AUGGAACUGCUAAAUGGGACUUACGCCAAUGCCAGUUUAGAAGAACUGGCAAAGGGGAAAGCGUCAAAAGUCUUGAUAUCCCUGUCCCUUUCUGUGCUGGCUAUCGUGACCACAAUCAUCAAUUCCCUGGUGAUAACCGCAAUCAUCGUAACGAGAAAACUCCACCACCCAGCCAACUACCUAAUAUGUUCCCUGGCGGUGACCGAUUUCCUGGUGGCUGUGCUGGUGAUGCCCUUUAGUAUUGUGUACACUGUGAAGGAGACCUGGCUGAUGGGCCAAAUUGUGUGCAACAUCUGGUUGAGCAUUGAUAUCACGUGCUGUACAUGUUCCAUCCUUCACCUGGCAGCGAUCGCCCUGGACAGAUAUAGGGCUAUCACAGAUGCCGUGGAAUACGCACAGAAAAGGACCCCCAAGCGGGCAGGAAUAAUGAUCACCAUUGUGUGGGUCAUAUCCAUUUUUAUAUCCAUGCCUUCUCUGAUUUGGAGGCACCAAGGCAACAACAAGGAGGACGAAUGCAUGAUUAAGCACGAUCAUCUUUUCUACACCAUCUAUUCAACUUUUGGAGCGUUUUAUAUCCCCUUGGCUCUGAUUCUCAUUCUGUAUUAUAAAAUAUAUCGGGCGGCCAAAAUGCUCUACCUCAAAAGGAGCGCAAGCAGACACGUGGAAGAGGUGAAUGGGAAAGUCUCCAGCAUUGCAAUUAGAAGCAGCAAGGCUUUAAAUGCACCCGAAAAGUCAGUGUCAGAUCCGUCAAUGGUUGAGGAUGGGGAUAAAGCGCACAUCACGUCCAGCAGGCAUCCCCACGCCAAUUCCCAGCAGGAAAAGUCCCGGAAAAGGCUGAAAAUCUCAAGCACGAGAGAAAAGAAAGCGGCGACCACCCUGGGCUUGAUCCUGGGUGCAUUCGUGAUCUGCUGGCUGCCGUUCUUUCUCAAGGAACUCAUUGUGAACGUCUGUGACUCGUGUUAUAUCUCUCUGGAGAUGUCUGAUUUCCUAACGUGGCUGGGUUACUUCAACUCGCUCAUUAAUCCCCUUAUUUACACGAUCUUCAAUGAAGAUUUUAAGAGAGCAUUUCAGAAACUGGUUCGCUGUGGACACAAACUGUAAUUAAUUAUACAGAUUAUUUUGCUGCGGUUGGGGGAAAAGAAAAUCGCCAAGAUGACAUGCCGUCCAGUAUUGUUGAACGAAAUAGCAUGGUAA